UUGUUGGCACGUGGCGGAGGUCCUCCGUCGUCCUCCAAUGCCAGAUGUUGACACCUUCACUCGGACUAGAAAGUGCAUUCAUUCUGUCGACUAGACAGACGAGAUGCAACGCCGUACGAGAUGACCAUAGAUGACGAGGAUCCUGAUGGUUCAGUCAAGCACGCCCCGAAUGGCACCCUCGAAAGCCACACUUCCCCACGAUUCUCAGGAGAGGACAACUCUGACCAGACUCGAAGUCCGUCGAUAAGCUCUUCCCAGUUCACUCGCCCUCUCGCACAGAGACAAUCCUCCCUCCUCCAGCCUCGACCAGAUGGCACUCCUCGAACCACCAACAGGGUACGCUUCGACCUUGAUGAACAACGAAAUGGCCAAACUCCCGAGGGGUGGAUGGAAGAGGAGGACUAUCUCGACUCCCCAAGUCAAGAUGCACCGCUGCUCACUAAUAUAACUCCGCCCGCCGAGUCACCCUUUUUAUCCGACUCGUUCCAGCCAGAAGACCAUUUACCCAAUGCCCGACCAAAGAGUGGCAUGCAGAGUGCGUUCAUGAACAUGGCAAACUCGAUCAUCGGCGCAGGCAUCAUUGGUCAACCAUAUGCAUUCAGACAAGCAGGUCUCACGAUGGGAGUCAUUCUUCUUGUUGGCCUUACAAUAACCGUGGACUGGACGAUACGCUUGAUCGUUAUCAACAGCAAGUUAUCCGGGGCGGACUCGUUCCAGGCGACCAUGCAGCAUUGUUUCGGUAGGAGCGGGCUUGUUGCGAUUUCAGUGGCACAAUGGGCGUUUGCAUUUGGCGGGAUGAUUGCUUUCUGCAUUAUUGUGGGCGAUACUAUUCCCCAUGUCCUCGAAUCAUUGAUUCCGGGUUUGAGGGAUGUGCCCUUUCUAUGGCUCCUGACUGACAGGAGGGCUGUUAUAAUACUGUUCAUUUUGGGGAUCAGUUUACCUCUGAGCUUGUACAGGGAUAUUGCAAAGCUUGCCAAAGCGUCUACACUGGCGUUAAUCAGCAUGCUCAUAAUCAUUGUGACGGUCGUCACUCAGGGAGCAUUUGUGGACCCGGACCUUCGAGGAAAUGUCAAAGGGUUGUUAUUUGUCAACGAUGGCUUCUUUCAAGCGGUUGGGGUCAUUUCAUUCGCGUUUGUCUGUCAUCACAAUUCUCUGCUCAUUUAUGGCUCUUUGAAGACGCCCACGUUAGACCGCUUUGCGACCGUCACUCAUUACAGCACUUUCAUCUCCCUCGUUGCAUGCCUUGUCAUGGCACUCGCGGGCUUUCUCACCUUCGGCGACCGAACGAAAGGCAAUGUGUUGAACAACUUUCCUUCGCAAGGACACGUGAUGGUUCAAAUUGCCCGGUUGUGUUUUGGUCUCAACAUGCUCACCACUCUGCCCCUCGAAUGCUUUGUCUGCAGAGAAGUCAUGAACAACUACUGGUUUCCGGAAGAACCAUAUCAACCCAAUCGACAUCUGAUUUUCAGCAGCGCUCUGGUGGUCAGCGCAAUGGCGAUGAGCCUUCUUACUUGUGACUUGGGAGCGGUGUUUGAAUUGAUAGGCGCAACCAGCGCGUGUGCGCUUGCCUACAUCUUGCCACCGUUGUGUUAUAUCAAACUGAGUACGAGGAGCUGGAAGACCAUACCUGCGGUCUUAUGCAUCGUAUUCGGGUUUGCUGUUAUGACUGUCAGUCUGGUCCUGGCCAUGAAGAAGAUGAUCAAACAUGAAGGAGAACCACAUCAAUGCUAGAUAAAAUGGAGCAAAAGAUCGCAAACAGACGGAGCAAAUGGUUGACAAUGAAGAGAUUACCUGCUCAUGGACCUGAAGCAAUUGGAGUGCUAGAACUAUGCGGCCUUGAUCUGCACUCGUCGCCUUCAUUCUCGAAUGUGCCACCCAGCCUACUGCCAUACUGCCCUCGUGGGACCUGGUGAGAGUCCAAUCUCAGAAGGAACAUGGGUGAUGCUCAUGGGGCAUACGAGGCCCUUCCCGCCAGGCUAUGCUUGUAUGGCACAUGUCUUCAGGGCCGUUGAUGAAUGGCAAGGACUCGCAGAUCAGAGGAGCAUCGGACAUAUCAUUGUUCACUUAGCCCAGUCGCUUUGCCAUUGUGCAUGAGAAACCUUGAGCAACGUACGUUGCAGCCAGGGAUUUGGAACGCGUAUUCAAGCGUAUCGAGACUUUGCCGAGAUGACAUGCAUGAUAUGCAGGUAACACAGGCAGAUUGCCGCAAGGCCCAGGCAUUAUUACUGCUACGACCAGCUUGUUUACCGUACUUACCGCUGACGUGGCAGAUGCCAGUCAUUCUCAUGAUUUUCCAACCACCUUUCGCCAGUGGCAU